AUGUCAUCGACCGGAGUUAAUGUCCUGCGGUGGUCCGCCCUGGCUGUGGGCGUGUUCUACGGUUUCUCCCACCAGCGAUCGAUAACGGCCGCCCAGAGGGCCCAGCACGAUCAGCACGAAUACCAGGAGAAGCAGAAGAAGAUCGACCAGGCCAAGGCCGAGUAUGCCAAACAGAAGAACCCCGCACCCGCCUCAUCAAGUGACGUGACCACCGACCCUUCCGACCCCAAGUUCGAUCUCGAGAAGCUCCUCCUCAAGGUAUCCGAGCAGAAGGCAUAG